AUGCAAUACAAUAUCACCAAGAUACCCACGUUACUCGUUGGCUACAACAUCCCUUCUCUUGUCACCGUUGAUGAGCAAAUCAAUCCAGUCCAAGGUCUAAUUGUAUUAUGUCGCGUAAAAACCACGAAAGACCGGAUGAACGUCCUGGAGGGCCCGAAUCCCGGAGACUUCACCACCAUCUCUGAAAACGAUAUCUUCCCUGUCAUCCUGGGCAAGCGAUGUGCCACCCACGGAUGCAGCGGCGACGUACCGACCAAACUGUUCCCCGGGGAUACGAUCGAGCUAUUAGGCGAGAGCGGAUUUGGCGGAGUUCUGGAGGGCGUUAACGAAGACUACGGCUAUCCGCCAACGCUGACAGUCCUGGGGACGAUCCCUGGCACUGACGGACAACCGUUCAUGAUGAAGGCGACUGUUCCGCCUCUACCGCCUGGCGACGAGGUGCCUCGUUUGGCGCCGCUCAUCGGGGUGGCGGGUACGUGCAUGGAAGUGGGAAAAACAGGAAUGGUCUGCCAAUUGGUCCGUCAGUUGACCGCUAAAGGUCUGCGUGUCGCGGCUUGUAAAGUCACUGGUUCGGGUUCUCCGCGGGAUAAGCCUAGGCUGCGACAAGAAGGCGCAGAUCCGGUGUUUGGGAUCGUCGAUGCUGGAAUUCCUUCAACCUGCGGUGAUGUGGAUGAGGUGAUUUCCUCAGCCUUGCGACUCCUCUUGGCAGCUAGUCAGAGCAAUCCAGAUGUAAUCAUCGUGGAGUUUGGGGACGGAAUCCUUGGUGGAUAUCACGUAAAGGACGUCUUGACUUGUGAAGCAAUCCAGAGGCAUAUGCUUGCUCUCAUCGUUGCUGUGUCGGACUUUGUCGCGGCUUGGGGAGCCAAGGAGCUUCUUGGUCAAAUUGGGAUGGAAGUUUCUGUAAUCACAGGGGUAGGUGUGAAUAGUGUAUCUGCUCAAAGGUUUAUCGAAAAGGAGAUGGGAGUAUUGGCAGAAAGCAAUCGAUCUGAGAUUCCACGAACGAUGGAACUGAUCAAAUCGAAGCUCCGAUCAAAUUCGGGAACGUUUGGUUUUCAUUUACGGGUUGCUGUACUGAUCAUGUCGGGCGAAAGAUCUGCAUCUCGGAAGCCAAUCGCGUGUGGAAGAUACUCCAACAGCAGUGCGCUUGAGAACCCCUUGUCCUCUUCAAAAUAUGGACCAUAUUCCCCAAAAGUGAGGAACAAUACUCUGCUCACAUAUCCCAUGAGCAUGAAGAGCAACGUACGAUUGAGACUCGCAGCGAUAUCGGCAGAGAUCACUGCUAUCAUUGGCGUGGUCUGGGUCUUCGUUUAA